GGUCGCUCCAAUGUCCACCAAGGUCACCGCUGUGGUGCUCGCUACCUUUGCACGGAAACGGAGAGUUCCCGGUGUAGGCAGGGUGGCCACCGAAUGGAGCGACACAGUCGAAGCUGCCCGGGGUAGUCCGCGGUCCCUGCCCACCUCUGCCACACCCCUCGCCUCGUCGCUGCGCCAUCCAGACGCCGGCGUGACCCCUCAGACGAUCGAUGUCGCGCCGAGCGCCGUGCCUCGCCCUCCGCCCUCCUACGUCGUCGUUGUCUCGUUGGAAGCCACCACGAAACGCGGCGCCUCCACCAUCGCCCGCCUGGUCCGCGCCUCGGGUAGCCCUGCCGGCCCGCACGCCGCCUCCACCUCCCUGUCGUGUUCGCGUGUCGUCGCGGCCUGGUCAGCACAUGGCAUCGAGUCGUUGCAUCAUACGGUUUCAAACUGGAUCAGAGAGCCACGAGGAGCUCAUGUUGGCUCUGAUACCAAAUUAUAGAAGAGAAUGGGAUUGGGAAUUGAGAAGA